GUCGAAGUUUCCUUAUCUGGCUAGAAGUAAUGGGUCUAUGAGACGUGGUUCAAUAUACACCGCAGCGAAUUCUCACAGGAGACUAUGGAAGAACUGAUCCAAUACCCUAUUCACCCGAUGGCGGCUUUGUGGCCGGAAUUUGCUAUCGCGGAAUGAUCAAGAUUUGGGAUGCAGCUACAGGAGUUCUACAGCACAGGCAUUGCAUUGACACUGACAUAGGCAUUCAAUAUAUCUCGUCGAUUUCGAGUGGUGAGAGAUAUGUGAAGACAAAUGGAGGACUAUGUUCUUUGCCACCAUCUGAAAGGCAAUUUACACUCCAAUCCAUAAACGUGAACUGGAUUCGACUGGAGGGCGACUGGCUAGUCCUUGGAAGCCAAAAGGUUCUGUGGCUUCUUCCAGAUUAUCACGCGACAGCAAUGGCUGUUGGAGAUGACCGGAUUUUCAUUGGGCAUGCAUCUGGCCGUGUAUCGGUUAUUGUAUUUGAUCUUGCUUCUAAAGACUUGGCUUCUGCUGCCGUGGAGGCUUAAAUCAGGGGAUUCUCUGGGCGUUGAACGUGUGGGGAGUAGAUGCUAUACAAUUGAGCAAAAGCAUUCUUAUUCAUUUGAAAACUACGGUCGUGUAUUCUAUGACAAUUGCUAUAUAUACUCUUACGCUUCCUAGCGAUGCCGUAGCGGUGCGACAGACUGACAGGAUAGAAAGAGAC